AUGCUCUCUAAGAAUUCCGAAGAAGUUAAUGCGGCUCUUUCAGAUCUUGAACAUUUGGAACUUGUGAUGGAGUCUAGAGACUUGAGUGAGGAGGAGGAGUGGAUUAUGUUGGAAUGCAAAAAGAAAUUGAAAGAAGAGGAAGAUAGAAAGAACAGGGAUCUAAAGCAAAGGGCUCGAAUUAGGUGGGCCAAGGAUGGUGAUGAAAAUACCAAGUUUUUUCACUCUAUGAUCAAUUGCAGAAAGGCGUCAAAUGUGAUCCAUGGUUUGGAGAUUGAAGGUAGUUGGGUGUCUAAACCGUCUUUGGUGAAGAAGGAGGUAUUUAGAUACUUUAGAGAUAAAUUUGUGGAACCUUGGGAGGUUCGCCCUCGUCUAGUUUGUCCAGGUAUCAAACGUUUAUCGGGUGAUGAAGCUCAGUUAUUGGAGUCUCCGUUUUCCAGACAGGAAAUUAAGGCAGCUGCUUUUGAUUGUGGGGAUGAGAGGGCUCCUGGCCCUGACGGGAUAAACUUCCGUUUUGUUAAGCACUUCUGGUCCGUUCUCGAGGAUGAUUUCUAUAAUAUAUUGGUUGCUUUCUAUGAGUCUGGGGUGAUUAACGUGGGGUGUGGUUCGUCGUUCAUCGCUCUGAUUCCGAAAAUUAAGGACCCUCUUGGUCUUAAGGAUUAUCGUCCUAUUAGCCUUAUUGGGAUUAUUAAUAAAGUCAUCUCGAAACUCUUGGCGAAUAGGUUGAAAAAGGUGUUGGAUACGGUUGUAACCCCGUCUCAAUCAGCUUUCAUCGGUGGAAGGUUUAUUCUUGAUGGCCCGCUAAUAAUUAACGAAAUACAUAGUUGGGUUAAAAAGGCGAAGAAGAAAGUUUUCUUUCUUAAAAUUGACUUUGAAAAGGCGUACGACAACGUGAACUGGAACUUCGUUGUGGAUAUUCUGUCACAGAUGGGUUUUUCAAGUAGGUGGUGCGCUUGGAUUAGAGGCAUUAUUUCGUCGGCUAGAGCUUCAGUUUUGGUGAACGGAGCCCCUACCUUUGAGUUUAAGUGUUGUAAAGGGAUGCGACAAGGGGAUCCUGUAUCUCCCUUUUUGUUUGUUAUUGUUAUGGAAGCGUUGUCAUUCUUGAACUCUAGAGCGUGCGAUUUGGGUAUUUUCAAGGGCGUGGUUCUUCCUAAUGACGGUCCUUCGGUAUCUCAUCUUUUUUUCGCUGACGAUGCUAUUAUCCUAGGGGAGUGGGACAAGGAGAACAUCAUGAACGUGGUAAGAAUUCUGAGGAGAGUUACGUUGAUUCGGUCAGUCCUCGAAAGUCUUCCUUCUUAUUUUUUGUCUCUCUAUCGUGCUCCGGUUAAAGUUUUGGAGGAUUUAGAAGGCAUCAUCAGGAAAUUUCUCUGGGGGGGGGGCACGCAUGGUGUCAAAAAACUUUAUUGGGUAGCUUGGGAUAGAGUUGCUUCGCCUAAGAAGUCGGGAGGUCUUGGUCUGCAUAAACUGAAGGAGGUUAAUUUAGCGCUUCUUGCUAAGUGGUGUUGGAGAUUCAAAACGGAAAAGGAGAACUUAUGGGUUAAAGUGGUUGGUGCUAUUCAUUCUGGCGAUUCCGCUUGGGAUUUUCUUCCGAGCCGAAAAGCUAUAGGUGGAGUCUGGUGUAAUAUUGCAUCCUUGCUCAAGAAGCCGAUAGUGGAGAAUUUUCCGAUUCGGAAGUUCCUCCGUGGUGUAGUGGGCUCGGGUGAGAGUAUCUUCUUUUGGUUGGACCCGUGGCUGUUUGAUAUCCCGCUUAAAGAAAAAUUCCCUGAUUUGUUUAAACUUGAGUUGGUUAAGAACUGCAGUGUCAGCGAUAGAAUCAGCGGGGAUGGUGUUUGGCUUUGGAAACAUGAUCUGGAUGCGGAGUCGGAAAAAAAGGAAUGGAUCGAGUUAUCUUCAGCGCUAGGGUCGGUUUCUUGUUCGUCUGGUCCGGACAAGUGGGCUUGGUUGGGGGCCGGGUCGGAAAAUUUUUCAGUGGCUGCAGUCAAGAAACUCAUCAAUGGGUCUAAGGAUUUUAGUAAUCGCUUCGUGCUGGAGUGGUGCUCUUGGGUCCCGUUAAAGUGCAACAUCUUCGUGUGGCGGACGGAAUUAGACAGGAUCCCCACGGUGGAGGCUCUUUCCAGAAGGGGGGUUUCAGUGGAGAAUCCCGGCUGUUGUUUUUGCGACGACGGUGCGGACUCGGUUAGCCAUCUGUUCACUUCGUGUCCGUUCUCUUUAAAAUUAUGGGAGAAGAUCUCUUUGUGGUGUCGGGUAAACAGAUUUUUCAUCUUCUCUUUUAGAGAUCUGGUCGAGGUCCAUAAUCAUGGGACGCGUUCGGAGUCGGAGAAAAAAGCCAUUCAAGGGGUCAUAUUCACUGCUUGUUGGUUACUUUGGAAAGCUAGAAACGAAGUCCGGUUCUCUAAUAAAAGAAGGAAUGUGGAAGAUCUCUUUUGCGAGGUUCGUUCGGUUAGUUUUGUUUGGUUCAAAUAUAGAAGAAAGAGAGGGUUGUUAGAUUGGGGUGAGUGGUGUAGAUUUGUUAAUAUGUAG